AUGGCAGAUGAAAAGAACAUGGAGGAGGCGGAGACGGAGGUGAAGCUUCGCUGCGGUGUGUAUGGCGAAGGGAGCGUCUUCUCCGUCGAGAUCCAGCGCAAUGCAGAUGUGGAGGUGCUGCAGGAGAAGAUCUUCGCGAAGAAACGAUACAGCGAGCGGUAUAAGUUUGACGCGAGCGAAUUGACGCUCUACUUGACGCGGAAAGAGGGGGAAACCACGUGGCAGGCAGAUGACGACAACUUGGAUGCUCUCUUGCAAGGAGAUGUCGAUAAGAAAUACAUGAAGAUGCGUCCGUCGUGGAAGCUCAACAAGAAGGAGUUGUUUGGACCGAGUUUCACGCCCGGAGAUGAAGAGAUUCACGUCCUUGUGGAACUUCCUCCUGACGAGUUCAGUGUGAAGCGACAAAGAGUUGAGCAUCGCACGUCGCUCGCGGAGCUAUGGGAGCACUCGGAGUUGCAACUGGCGGUAUCGCCUGCUCCACACCAGCUGGCAGAGCUCCUCCAGAAGCCAUUGCCGUUCAGACUGACGCUGCGCGAUUCGGUGGUUGCCGAUCGUGUCUUCAGUCCGAAUGGACCACUCAUUACAUGCCCGGAUCUCACGCUAUUGAUGGACCAUUUCCUAGCGUUGAGUGUGUUUCGUCGACCUGAAGCAACAGCAUCCGAGAACUCUUGGCAGCUCUACUAUGAUGCAUUACUGUCGAUUCCGAUUUCCCUUUGGCACGAGAAGGGCUUUUUGGUUCGAGAACACAGAAAUCUCGCCGAUAAAACAGGAACUACCAGUCUACGGAAGCGACCGGACUACAUCCUCCAAUUCAAGGGACUCGUCUUGAUGCGUGGAGAAGACAAGAGUUCUUUGGAGUCAAUAGCCAAGGCACAAGCGGAAUUGACGACCAAGAUGCGCCGAUGGAAUGUGAUGCUUUAUGGAGAUCUCCCAUACAUCUUGGGCUACGCUACUUCCGGGAGUGAUCUACAAGUGGUGGCAAUCGAAAGAUCCGACGGACCGUGUCGCGCAACUGUGAUACUCGACUUCAGCGUCUUUGAGGAUAAAGCCGGUGCGCUGAAGGUGUUUUACAAUUUGGCGUUCUUGCUCCACCAGAUGGCCAAGUUGACGAAGCGAUCGUAUGCGUGUGAUCUCGAGCCAUUCGUACCCGAUGAAAACGAGAAGCGGAAGAUCGUGCUGCUAGAUGGUUUUAUCGAACGGACGAUCCAACGUACACAGAGCGGUGGUGAAAUGGACGUUGAGCGACUCAAAAGCGUAUACGAGACUCUGCAAGGAUUAGAUGAAAGCAGCCCCGUGACGCAUUUGCAGACCGUGGAAAAGUUGUCGGUGAAGCGAGACGGCCGUUUGGUCGUGGAACUGUCUCCGAUUGGUUAUCUGCGACUUCCAACAAUCGACGAGCUGAGCGAGUGGUUGCGACAUAUGCUGACAGCGUUGAAGUAUUGGCACGGGUGCGGGUACUGCCACGGUGAUAUUCGUUGGCAUAACAUUGUGCUGGUGCCGACCUCUGGAUUCAGUUAUUGGGUGUUGAUCGACAUGGAUGAGUCACGCCAACCCAACACAACGACUAUUCGGUGGAACCAUCGGUAUCAUGGUCACAAAUUACGAUUCCAGCACGACAUGUAUCAGCUUGGUCAGCUGAUGGGGGAGCUUCCCUUCGAGUUAUCCGACGAUCUGAAGACUAUGCAAGCGAUGCUUCUAUCGGCGGUAGAUACUCCACAGUUGACGGCGGAAAUUGCGCUCGCAGCGCUGGAGGAGCAUCAAUGA